AUGGCUAAAGCAACAAUCAACCAGAGUCUUACCCUCCUUCUCUUGACUUCAAUGGCUGUGGCUGCGCCAGUGAUACAGAAUAGUACAGCACUUUCUACUUGCACGGCCUCCAUGAAUGGUGUUCUGCCCAGUCCCAUCUCUUCGGAUUUUCAUUUCAGUGGUCAGAUCCGCCGAUACUACAUCGCCGCUGAGGAAGUCAGUUGGAAUUACGUCCCAUCCGGCUGGGACAAUUGGCUUGGAGUUCCCAUACAGGACUCUCCACGAGCAAAUUCGACGGGCUACACAGCUCCAGGUUCUCUGGGCCUAACAUGGCAAAAAGCACUCUACCGUGGAUAUACCGACGCUACCUUCACCAAACUUUCGCCUCAGCCUGCAUGGCAAGGUAUCAAUGGCCCGACGCUCAGGGCCGAGGUCGGAGACAUGAUCGAGAUCCUAUUCCUAAACCGCCUCUCAAACAACUACGCCACCAUGCACUCCAUGGGCCUUUCGUACAAUAAAGAGAACGAUGGAAGUCUGUACGCUGACAGCCCAAGUCCGGGACAAGAAAGCAUUUUCUUGCCUGGCGAUGCUGUUGCGCCCGGAGAAUGCUUCGUCUACAAAUGGGUGGUGAAUGAGGGAUCGGCGCCAACCCAAGGACAAGUCUCUCACAUGUGGGCGUAUCACUCGUACGUGAGCAUGCAAGAGGACCACAACGCAGGUCUGAUCGGAUCGACCAUCGUCUAUGCUCCAGGCAUGAUGAACGACACUAUGGCGCGAUACCGCGAAUUCGUCCUAGUAUACAUGCAAUAUGACGAAUCGGAUUCUUUCAUGUCGCAAACGAACCUGGAGCUUCUGACAGGGACCAACAUAUCAGACUCUGGCACCGAUUUAUCCUUGCCGGCCCCACAACUCAACCGUGGAUACGGAAACUUCUCAAUCUGGCAUCCACAACAGGUUAACUUGAUGUCGUCUGGUCAACUGAGCGCAACGCAGGCCCCGACUUUUUCCACUCUCAAUGGAUAUGUCUACGCGAACAAUGCUCCCUUUGAAGUCUGCGUCAACGAUCCGACCAUCUGGUACGUCUCAGCAUUUGGCUCGAAUCCCCAUGUAUUUCACAUGCAUGGUAAUGGGUUCGUGCUCAAUGGGAAUAAUUAUGCCGCAAUCAGCAUCAAUGACGGCGAGAUGAAAACGUUGCAUUCCAACAUGACCGCCGAAGGCCAGUGGCAAUUGAUCUGCCACGUGGACAAUCAUCUGGCGUUUGGCAUGGAGGAUAACUAUAUUGUCUACCCGGCCGGCCAAUGUCCGUUACCUCCCUUGGCUGGAUAA